UGCAAAACGCCACAAUAUCGCGAACUUCCCUUCUCUGCUCACCGCGUGUGUCGCAAGGUAUGCAGGUAUCUGCUUGUCAACCAAGAGAACCCAAGCUUUGCAACCACGUGUGGACAUCCUCAGGUCUCACAAGCGGUGAGCAGCAUAUCGUGGCAUGGAGGAACUCAGGCCAGUGGCUUGCAGCAAGCAUGCUGGUGGAAUGCUGGUGGAAUGCAAUUGGAUUAGGUAUCUUCAGUACACGCUUCUCCUCAAGCUAGAGAAGCGAACCCUAGGCGACCUGCAUGAAGUCCCGUCCACCCGUCACAAAACGACCACGCAUACUGUAACAAGUCUACGCUUUUCCUUUUUCGCUCUGCUUCGUCCUUCUCGGUCAUCAGAUCUGACGAUAAGAGAUGAAGAAGCCAGGGGCUCGGUUGACGGUUCCUCAUAUCUGCUGCAUCGACAUUCCAAGCGCACUUCGAGAUGCAAGGCAGACUUGAUGCGACAGCACUGGCUUACUGGACAGAUAAUGCUGUCGAAUGCUUCCACCACGUUUUCUCAACCUGCACUGCUCCUCAUGUGCGAUAAAUGUCGUCUUUUCGUGUGGUCGCGCAAGACUUUAGAUUCUUUCUUUCCAGGAUAGUUAGUGUCUUUGGUUGAAAAGCAACACCGAAUGGCGCAUUC